AUGUGGAGGAGGGUAGGACUUCAAACAUCCCUAAACUUAUCUAAAAAGGACUCAAAUGUUGUCAUGGAUGAAGGGAGUUCGACAUCAGCAAUAGAGACUACAACUGUUCCACCACCACCACAAAUAUCCAUAAUUCCACCAACAUCUGUUCCAACUAUCUCACCAACAUUUCAAGGAGUGAUGGCUGAACCAAUCACCAUGUUGUUCUCUUCGCAAUCCACAAAACCAGAGAUUGAUGGGAAAUAUAUUGUUAGUGGUAAGGAAGUCAAAUUCUUGUUAAAGUCUCAAGAAUCACAAAUCAGGACUUUGAUUGAUGGUAAUGUUAAGGGUAUGGAUGAACAUUUAGCUACUCAUUCUCGAACCUUCCAUCACGAAAUCGAGAAAUUACAGGAUGGUAAAUUCUUCUAA